AUGAAAGCGAAACACAGUGCCCCCACAACUACACCUACCAAGCACAGUGCCCCCACAACUACACCUACCAAGCACAGUGCCCCCACAACUACACCUACCAAGCACGGUGCCCCCACAACUACACCUACCAAGCACGGUGCCCCCACAACUACACCUACCAAGCACAGUGCCCCCACAACUACACCUACCAAGCACAGUGCCCCCACAACUACACCUACCAAGCACAGUGCCCCCACAACUACACCUACCAAGCACAGUGCCCCCACAACUACACCUACCAAGCACGGUGCCCCCACAACUACACCUACCAAGCACGGUGCCCCCACAACUACACCUACCAAGCACAGUGCCCCCACAACUACACCUACCAAGCACGGUGCCCCCACAACUACACCUACCAAGCACGGUGCCCCCACAACUACACCUACCAAGCACGGUGCCCCCACAACUACACCUGCCAAGCACAGUGCCCCCACAACUACACCUACCAAGCACGGUGCCCCCACAACUGCACCUUCAUAA